AGAUUUAUUUUGUGAUAUUUAUGAUUGGUUGAUGUUGAUGAUGUGUAUCUUUUAUCUAUCUCGCAGUCUCCAUUUUAUUUUAGUUUUAGAUUUCUAAUUUAUUGUACUCCAAUAUUUAGACGAAAGUGUCGAGUUAAUUUUUGUUCCAUCUUGAAAAUUACGAAAAGAUGAAUGAUAUCCAUAUGUCCCAACCACCUUAUUAUAGAACUAGAUAUUGGAUCGGACAACAUAAUGUCAAUUACACGAUGCCAACUUACAAUACUUACCCCAUGAAGUCGAAUGAUUUUAAGCAAACAUUAUCUAAGCCGAACUGGAGUAAAAAGAAUCUAUCGUCUUUCCCGAAAAAUUUUUACACGCCCCUACUCCAAAGAAGUGAUGAGGAAGUAGAAGAAUAUUGUAAACAAAUGGAAAUUACAGUAAAAGGCGAUAAUGUACCUAAACCAUGUCAGACUUUCGAAGAAACCGGAUUUCCUCCAGAGAUAAUGCAGAUAAUGACUCAGGGUUUCUCAAAACCGACUGCGAUUCAAGCACAAUCGUGGCCGAUCGCUCUAAGUGGUCGUGAUUUGGUGGGAAUUGCUCAUACUGGAUCUGGAAAAACUUUAGCCUACAUGAUGCCCGCUGCAAUUCAUAUUACACAUCAAAAAAGUGUUAGCAAAGGGGAAGGGCCUAUUGUUUUGAUCUUAGCACCUACGAGGGAAUUGGCUCAACAAAUUCAAACCGUCGCCAAUAUGUUGGAAAAUUCCAAUAUUCGAACUACCUGUUUAUUUGGUGGUACUCCUAAAGGACCUCAAGCUAGAAACUUGGAACGUGGUGUCGAAAUAGUUAUCGCCACCCCUGGCAGAUUAAUUGAUUUUUUGCAACGUGGCGCUACGAAUUUAUUCCGAUGUACGUAUCUAGUGCUAGAUGAAGCGGACAGAAUGUUGGAUAUGGGAUUUGAACCUCAAAUUAGGACUAUUAUUGAACAAAUCAGGCCCGACAGACAAGUAUUAAUGUGGUCGGCUACUUGGCCUAAGGAAGUUCAAGCUUUAGCCGAAGAUUUUCUGACAGAUUACGUUCAUAUUAACAUUGGUUCGUUGGAGUUGGCGGCCAAUCACAAUAUUCGUCAAUUAGUUCACGUUCUACAAGAGCAUGAAAAAGAUCAGAAGUUAUUCACGUUACUUCGACAAACUUCUACCGAACCUGGUUUCAAAGCUUUAAUAUUCGUAGAAACUAGAAAGAAAGUAGACGAUAUGACUGCCGAAAUUCGCAAACAAGGGUAUCAAGCUAUAAGCAUGCAUGGCGAUAAAUCGCAGCAAGAAAGAGACGCCGUCUUAUCUGAAUUUAGAAGUAAUAAAGCACCUAUCUUAGUGGCAACUGAUGUAGCUGCGCGUGGUUUAGAUGUGGAAGAUAUUAAAUACGUGAUAAACUACGACUAUCCGAAUACGUCGGAAGAUUAUAUCCACAGAAUUGGUCGAACUGGUAGAGUAACGCAAAGUGGCACAGCCAUUACUUUCUUCACGCCAGAUAAACAAAGACAAGCGAAAGAUUUAAUAGCCGUCUUAAAAGAAGCCGAUCAGCAGGUUAAUCCCAAUUUGAUUGAAUUAGCCAGUGUGGCCAAAAGUAACGUCCCGAGCCGAGUACGUUGGCAAAAUCGUCACCAAAAAGAGAACCACGAUGGAUCCGGUAACAAUCGUUAUCAAAACAAUAAUAACAUCAACAAAAACCACAACAACAUGAAUAAUAACAACAACGGGUACAAGAAGAAUUACAAUAUGAAUACGACCGGUAAGAUGGAUUACAACAAUUCGCCAAACAAUGGCAUGAAUUCCGCCAACUCGAUUUAUAACGCGCAAAAUUCGUACGUCAAUAACGGAGGAUCAACGAUGAAGUACGAAAAAUACGGCAGUCCGACGUCCAAUUCGAAUUUCAUCGGUGGUAAAAAUCCAUCGUAUCAAUAUCGUAACAACAACGAUAAAACUACUCGUAAUUAUCAGCAACCGUAUAUGCAUAAUGUGCAACAAGGACAGUACAUGCAACCAGCGAUGUCUUAUUAUGGUGGCUAUAACGGCGCGGAAGGUAAAGAAUAUCACCACGGCGCACCAUCGAACGGAGCCGUCAACAACAGGUACUACUAUCAAGGAACAACGACCAACGCCAGAAGCCCGAAUAACGCUAUGUCGUACGACGGACAACGUUACAAUUCUCGUAACGCCAACGGAGCAGCAGCCACGAUUUACAGUACGGCUCAACCGGUUCAAAUGAGCGCCGCAACCAACGGAAUACCGGCUGGCGCAGCUGCCAAUAUAUACGCUGCUGCAGCGGGACCACAGUCUUCAUCGACAUCGUACAUGAUUAAUCAUCGCAAUGGCAACACGGCGAAUUCCACCGAUCCGGCCGUUCAAUCUUUGAUUAAUCAUAAAUUCUUCCAACCGAAUAACAUGGCAACAGCGCCUCCGGCAGCUGGGGCUGGGCCGAACGCUUGCGCUUUUCAAUACCAGCCGGUAUCGUAUUCGCCGUACCACGCUUACGGACAAAUGCCCUACAAUCAGCCGCAAGCUGUUCCCGAGUAAGCACCUAGUAACUUCAAAAGUUUAUUCAUUCCUCGCUUCUUUAUUUCUUUUUUGAAAAUUCGCAGCUCCUCUUGUUACUACAACCUUUAAUUAUCUCUAUUUCCUUUUCAUAUUCAACAAUAGUUUUGAUUUCAAUUUUUCAUGCAUGAUGCGAGUAUUUUCGCUUCUUUUUUUUCCGGCGUUUCGAAAUUUAUUAGUGUUGAAAAUUUACGUGUCAAAAAAAGCAAAUGAGUGAAUUAUUUAUCAUUUCGAAAGAACGCAUUACGUUAGAAUUCACGUUUCACAUUAACCAUUUGAGCGAUAAUUUUUUUUUCUCGAAGUUGCGAAUGAAAUAUAGUACAUAUAUAAGUUUACGAGGUUUUUUUUUAUUAUUAUUUUUAAUUCACUAAAUAACGCUAAUAUCGUAAUAAAGGUGUUUGGCUUUUAAUUUUCAUUUUUCAUAUAGUACUGAUGAAUAAGGUGUAUAUUAUGAAUUCAGUACAUUAUUUAUUAUGUAUGUAAUUAGGGACUGUAUGCAGUAUGAAAUGCACACUCGUUUUAUUAAUCAAUUUUCGUUUCGUUUCGUUUUGUUUUCUCUACUUGAUGUCUCUUUUCCCUUUUUUUUCUUUGUCAAGUGUUAAUUUUGUGUACCUUGGUAAAAAAAAAUUUUUACCGGAACGAAUUCCAUUAGAUUAGGUUUUUCGAUGUUUGUACGACGUUACUCUUUUUUUUUUUACAAAAAAAGUGAGAAAAAGAGGUCGUAACGAAAAGAGUAUGUGGUGAAUGUAGUGGUUUGAAAAGAUGUUUUCACUCUGAAUAGCGCACUGCCCUUAAUCGAUGUCGUUAACUUUUCAACGACGAUAUACUAUAGAGUUACGUAUUUUUACAAAAUGUAAUUACCAUUUAUAUUCCACGUAUUACUUUUUGCCCAAUUUUUUUUUUUUUUUUUUUUUUUUUGUUUUCUGCUGUUUUUUUGUUAUUCUUUCUUUUCUCUUUUAUAUUCCUGUAAUUUGUAAAUACUUUUUUUUUUUGUUUUUCGUUGUUUCUUUUGGGCUAAAUAAUGAAGAUGAGAAAUUUUCAAAGCUGUUCCAGUUCAGAUCGUUAAGAUUUCUACAAAUGGAAAAAAAAUCUUGUUAAUUAUUAGAGAUGAGUUUUUAAACGAUCUCGAGAGACGUGAUUAUUUGCGCAUGUUACCAAUUGAUCGUAAUUCUGGACAGCACACAAUUUAUCGAUGUUCCUUCGUUUGUAAAUUUUGCAUUUCUACGAGAAAAAUUUAUUAAAGUGAAAAAAUUCUAAAAGUUGUUGCAAUCUUGGUUCCUUAUUAAACAAUUUUUCGCGGUAUUUUUGUGUCGUUUUCUCUGUUUUCUUUCUAAAAAAAAAAAGGAAAAAAAACUUGUAUAAUUAUGCGUGUGCUUUAACGUAUUUAGUAUACCAAUGUAAGAAUUACCAUACACGGUGACGAUUUUACCACGCCGAUUUAAAAAAAAAAAAAAUGUCUCCAAGCGACAACUCUCUCGUUUUAAUAUACAUUUUUAUCUAGUCAUGUUCACGUUACACGCGAAGAGUAAUAUUGAGGGAACGCGUUUUCUAAUAUUAUAUAUUGGAGAAAAAUGAAGAAUUCUAAACGAGUGAAUUUUUUUUAGAAAUAAUAGAGAUACGGUUUUGUAUAUGUUUUUGUUUUUCCUUCUUUUCAACACUAUUGACCGAAGUGUUGGUGACAUAAUGCGAUGUGUAAUCCCUUCGUCUCUCUAAUUUACUCGAUAAGGAUUAAUCCUCGUUUCUUUUUAUGGUGUACUGAGUUAUGUAUUUUUUUUUAUAUAUGUAGGUAUUAUUUAAAUUUCGUACUACGAAGCCGGAACGCUACACGUGUUUAAUUUUUUACAUCUUACUGUGAUAUUAUUGAUAAGGUAUAAAUUGUACAUGUAUUUAAGUACGAAUUUAUACUGAAGCGAAUUAGAAUUUUUAUUGCGAAUUUAAUGUUUAGAGAGGGUCAGAAUAUCACGACUUGAAUAAAAUUCGUGUUACCUAACAAUUUCGGCUAGUAAAUAAUUGUUAAAUGCGUGUCCAAUCAUUCGCAUUUGUAUGUGUGUGUGUGGUGUUUUUUUUCUCCAUAAAAGUACGACGAUUACGAUUAAUCGGGGAUUUUCUUUAAAACUGUUUCUAGUACCAAUGUACACGUACGCAGGGUUUUUUUCUAGGAAAAAAUAAAACAACAAAAAAACUUUCAAAAUUUUUUACGUUUACUGAACCGCGCGAAAAAUAGUCGCAUUGAGUAGUGAGUCGAUGCAAUUGGUUCACACAUCCUAAUUUUUUUUGUUUGUUGUUUUCUUUUCUUUUCAAUUCACGUAAUAAGACUGACUUCUUAAAGAUAUUCAUUUGUGUGCGUUCGUUUUAUAAAUUCUAUAAAUUGAGUAGGAUUUUUUGAACUGCUGAAACGUGUUUUUUUUUCCUCGUUAAAUAUCGAAAUCUUAUUGUAGCGGGCAUUGAAUUAUCGGUUUUCAGUAUUUUUCAAACGUACCUUCAUUAUUGAUUUAAGAUUAUAUUUUUCCUUUGUUUAUGAAAAAAAAAAAUGCGCACGAAGAGACCGUGUGUUUAAUUUUAUUUAGUUUUUUUUUCUUUUUUUUUCCUUUUUUUUUUUGAUGUAACAGGAAUAUAAUUAUAGGUAAUUUGUUUUUGUAAUUCCUUCCUUUGUUAAAAGCCAAGUAAUUUAUGUGCAUUUCUUAUACCAAAUACAGUAUUUUAUUUUUGUGCAA